GAAUUCCUCGGCCACAGCCUUUGCUGCCACAGCAGCAGCAGCUUCCAGACAGGACUGAACUAGUUGGCCCGACUCGGCCGGGAAAUUCCCGAGCGCGCAAGCUCCGCCCCGGAGCAGAAAUCCCCUCCGCCGAGGCUGUAUAGGCAAGCGCCGCCGCCGCCGCCCGUCAGCUUCUCGCCACGACUUCGCAAGGCAACUGCACACUUCGGGACCCGCGGCUCGUUCUCGCCCAGGCCAUGUUUUUCAGCCCCGGCUCCCUGGAUUACCCUAUGGAUAUAACGAUGGACAACCACCCCCGGGACGCGCUGAAGAAGGACAGGCAGCUCAGCCUGGUCCAGGACGACCGCCACGACAGCGGCUUGGACUCCAUGAAGGAGGAGGAGUACGAGAAGCUCGUCAACGAGCUAAGAGACAUUCGCAUCGAGCCGGCGGAAGCCUCCGCGGGGCUCCAGAGCGGCCCCGGCCAGGGCGCGCAGGCUUGGAAACUGCAAGUGACCGAAGACGGAGACACGUAAGUCUUGGAGGACUUUGCGAAUUCGGGGAAGGGGAUCGGAACUUUGACCUCCGUGGGCGGUUUUGCCUUGCGUUCCCUCGGAAGUUAGCAAAGUGGAGAUCUUAAUGCUUUUCCUUGGAAAUAGAUCUGGUUGGAAUUAAUGGGGCUUAUUUCCAAGCAAAUGUGGUUAAGAGCCUGGUGGCCUCUGUUCCCUAGCUGUGAAGGAAACUCUCUAGAAAAUGUAGCACGGGACUAUCGCGAAGAAGGAAAUGUGGCGGGUGGGGGCAGCUGGGCACUGCAAGGGAGACCGCGAUCCUUUUGAUUUGUUUCCCCCCUUGAAAGGCGACAAAUUUGCUAUUUAAAUUUAAACGCCUCUUUAGUUUUUAAAAGAGGUUUGAGAGCUAAGGUUAGCAUGGCGGCAUGCAUGCAAAAGACCCGAGGAUGCACGCAGUGCGCGGUUGAAUUUCAGCUUGCUUGAAGCCCCGGGAAUUACGCAUUUGCAGCGGCGAAAAAGACCCUGCAGGAAAUUCGCUAGCUCUUUUAAAGCGGGGCCCUUCAUAAUAGUUCUGAGUUACUGACCCAGCAGAGUAGAACAAUCAGUAGAGCGAGCCAAACGCAUUUAAACCCCCCUCCCCCCCCCACAAGAAUGUAGAUUCUUAGUGCUCGUGUUUGACUCCAUCCGCAUUUGUGUUUAUUGCACAGGCUGCCUUGCAGGGGGGAGCGAGGAGCCUACUAUGUAGAUUUUUAAUAAUAGAACGCGGGGUGUGCGGGGGGGGGGGAGAGGUCCUUUGAUGUCGCUCGCGUUCUGCUGGUUACAUAAAAGCCCGGGGAUUUUUGCAAGUCUGGGUUUUCCCCUCCCCGCCCGCUCCGCCUUGUGCCUGGGCCGGCUGCCAGCGGAUAGGGGCCGGGACGGGGUGUUCUCACAAGCUGCGAGGGGGCGGGGCUUGAAGGAGGCGCCGGGCGGGGCGCACGGGAGGGGGGAAGCGCUCUGGAAAGUCCCUGGCGCCUUGCCCGGAACACUCAGCUCACAACAACUCCGCGGAAAACACCAGGUAGCGAGAGCACGCGGCUUCGAAAACCCCAGGCUUUCGAAAUCGCCUCUCUUGCCGCUGAGGCUGAUGUUCUUCCUCCAUCAUGACUCGGAUCCUGGGCACGUUGCCGAUGACGAGCAAGAGCAAAAGAGCUGAUUAGCAAGAGGUGGCUGGGAAUUUUUUGUGUGUGUGUGUCCUUUGUUUUUUCUUAAGUACUCACCAUCGGGUUUUUCCCACCGUUUUCCUCUUUGCAGAUUUCUCCAUCUGGCAAUUAUACAUGAAGAAAAGGCCUUGAGUUUGGAAAUCAUUCGCCAGGCAGGACGAGACAAAGCCUUCCUGAAUACCCAAAAUAACCUCAACCAGGUACUUACCCGGCAGGGUUUUCUUUCCUCUCAAACAUGGUGCCCUAGGGGACUUGGAAGCUCUCCAAAAGAAACAUUUUUUGGUGGGAGGAAAAGAUAAAUUUAGGAAAAAAUUCAAGGGGUUUAAGUAACUCAUAAAAUUGCCACCUUUUAGCAUAAUUAUCCCCAUCAAUAACCUUGGCUCAUUGAUGGGGUUGAGCUCCCAAGAAAAUGGGAGUGAAUUUGUGGCCUUCCAUAUGUUGCUGGCCUACAACUACUGUCAACCCUGAUUCUUGGCUAUGCUGGCUGGGGCUGAUGGGAGUUGAAGUUCAACAACAACUGGAGAGCCACAAGCUCCCUCUGCCUUAUUUAGGGCAAGUCUUUCAGGCUACAAGGAGCUUUAAAUCAGCAAUUUGUGGAAGUGACUUUUCAUGGUUGGCUCCGAAGUAUAGUAAAAUUGGACCACCAACACAACAGUGAUUGUUCUCUCAGAAGUGUAUCGCAUGACAAAAAGCAAAACAUUGAGGAACUUUUCAAAGGAUUUAUGGAAAGUGGUUGAUCCUGAGAAAACAUACUUUCCUCAAGAAGUGGGUUCAGGAGUGAUGACUAAGAAGAUUGUUUUGUGUACUAUAAUGGCUAGUCUAGGAGAUUUUUCUUUUUUCUGGUUAACUAUAAUGCUUUCUCAACUUCCAAUUUGCAGACUCCACUUCACUUGGCAGUGAUAACAGACCAGCCAGAAAUCGCAGAGACUCUUCUGAAAGCUGGAUGUGACGCAGAGAUCAGAGAUUUCCGAGGAAACACCCCGCUGCAUAUCGUUUGCGAACAAGGCUCUCUCAGAGGUGUCGGUGUCCUCACACAGUACUGCCAGAAACAACAAAUCGACUCUAUCCUACAGUCGUCCAAUUACAAUGGUAAGCACACAUUCUGAGUCUGAGCUGCCAGCUCACUGGGUACUCCAGCCCUUGGCACUGUGCUACAUUGCCUUGUGAUUCAGAGAGUUCUUUCCAGCUCUUUCUGUAUAGCAAGUGUCAGCCAAGGAAGGGAGGGGAGGGUGUUCCUUGUUCUUGCUUCGUAGUCACCUACUGGAAUCAAAUAAUCAAGCUUCUUUGAUCAGAGUAGGCCAUCUUUAAAUGGCUAUAGUGUAUAUGAUUUGAUAAUUAUAGCCAAGUGUUGGAAUGACUUGUAUGACAUGAAAUUUAAUCUCCUCCAUUUCUGUUUCAUAGGACACACGUGUCUCCAUCUGGCAGCUAUUCAAGGUUACCUGGCCAUAGUAGAACGCCUCUUGUCCUUGGGAGCAGAUGUCAAUGCUCAGGUAAGAUACCUGCCAUUUUCAAACAAGCAAGCCUCAUCCCAGCAAUUUGAGAAUGAACAUCUUAGCAUGUGCCCGGCCUAACUGAACGCACCCUUUUCUUUUCUUUUCUUUUCAAUAAACAGGAGCCUUGCAACGGCAGGACUGCCUUGCAUUUGGCUGUCGAUCUACAGAAUCAAGAACUGGUGUCGCUCCUGUUGAAACACGGAGCGGAUGUAAACAAAGUAACCUACCAGGGCUACUCUCCAUACCAGCUCACAUGGGGAAGAAACAACUCCUUCAUACAGGAGCAGCUGAGGCAAUUUACGACGUUGGACCUGCAGAUGCUACCAGAAAGUGAAGACGAAGAGAGCUGUGAAUCAGAGUCAGAGUUCACAGAGGAUGAAGUGAGUGGCCAUUCUCCAUUCUAUGCAAGAGAGAGAGAGAUUUCUACCAUAAUUUGCACACACAUUUCCCAUUAAGGUUGUUAGGAAGCAGUUGUAAACAACAAGGGUCCUUGGACUAGGUUUUGCUUGCCUUUGACACCCUGAAGGUAUAAGCCUGGUAACAGAGUUAAUACCAGUCACCCAUCGGUGUAAGCACUGAAUGCUCAAAGGUAUAGAAAAUGCAUUGAUUAGAUUCAUUUGAAUCUAGCAAAUCAUUGCAGUGACUUCACACAAGGAGGAAAACUGUCUUUAAGGGAGCAUUUGACAUGUUAUGAUUAGGACAUCUUUCAAUAAAUUUUCAAAAGUGGAUGUAAAAUUACAGUAAGGUUAUUUCAAAGGAAGCACAUUUGCACAUAGAUUUUCUGGUGGUACUAUUUGCAACCUACCAUUUGUUAUCUCUACUUCCCUCUAAUAUUAUAAGCAUCAUAUUAGUCCAGAUUUUUGCCUGUUAAAAGUUUUUAGAAAUGCAGGCUUUAGUGUUAUCAGGUGCUAUUUUCCUCAUGUGAGUGCAGCUAAAUCUAAUGGAACACUUCCUUGGGAUAAUGGGAAAUGGCCCUGUAUUCCCCUUAGAGAAUUACUUCAUGCUCUUUCUUAAAGCCUUCCAUUAAGCCUGAUCUGCUUUUUCUUCCCCUCGUCUAGCUCCUGUAUGACGACUGCAUCAUUGGCGGACGACAUGUGCCUUGCUAAAGUGGGAGCGUUGCACGAAGCAGAGGCGAGCAAAAUGUGAACAAUUACUGAACACACAGCACAGUACAGAGCAUGUUGUUAGAACAGCAGGUGCUGCCUGCAGUUCAAUGCACAGUUCGGGCAGGAAUGAACUUUGGUUGUCAGACACCAGAAGAAGCCUGGGCUCAUUUGCACCAGAGAGUAGAUUGUACAAAUAAACGAACAGAGUGAGAACUUGGACGGUUCACCUACGUAUUCACUGUGCAUGCUCUACAAGGGGGCUGGCCCAAGUCACCAUCUGUUGUGUCCUUUUGGAAGACAUUCCAUAUAUUUCUGACUGACUGAUAACAAUCCAUCCCAAAGACUGAGCUCAGGGGCCCUUUGUGCUGGACGGCAGGCAGAGCGAUUGCAACCCAAAGAAUGUCCUCUUCUCCAUCCACAGGAAAGGGUAGCAAUUUAACGUUCAGGCUGUAUAUUGCAAGCCCUAUGCUUUGCAAUAUGUAUAUUGUGUGUAAAUAUUGUAUAUUUUGUGAAUAGCUUUUUUGGUACUUGUGUAUAUUUAUUAAAAAAUCAAAUCAAAUGAGAAAUGCACUGAAUUGAUAAAACUCUUACCCCUGCUG